AUGGCGACUCCAUUAAGGCGUAAACUGCUUACAAACCCACGGAUUCAACAGACAUGGAUUUGCAACAGCUGUCGCUAUAUAUCGAGCGGCCCGAUACUCCAAUCAGGCCAUAAUCGCUGGUCGACAAUUAGACAUGACAAGGGCAAAAACGAUGCAGCAAAGAGCAAAGAACGCCAGAUAUUCAGUAAAGACAUUAUUCAGGCGUCCAAGUUAUACGGUCCGGAUCCCAAGUCGAAUCCUCGUCUUGCCCUUGUUAUAGCGAACGCCAAACGGAGUGGAAUGCCAAAGCCAACCAUAGAAGCGGCAAUUGCAAGAGGCCAGGGCAUUACUGCAGCCGGAGCAGCUUUGGAAUCACUUACUAUUGAGGGAAUGCUGCCACACUCUGUAGCUGUCGUUGUUGAGUGUCUGACAGACCAGAAAGCCCGGGCUCUACAAGAUAUACGAGCGAUUAUCAGACAUUCCGGAGGAUCAAACACCCCUACGAGCUAUCUGUUCGAGAAAAAGGGUAAAAUUGUGUUCGAACCAAAGCCUGGUUUAGACGUCGACAGCUACCUUGAAUUGGCAAUAGACGCAGGCGCAACCGACGUGGAGGGAGAUGAGAACAAUCGGCUCAUAGUUUACACUGAACAUACUGCUACAAAGUCUGUAGCUGACAAGAUGUCUGCUACCACAGAUUUGGUUACUGAGAGUAUCGAUAUUAUAUGGGAUCCAAACCAAGACACGCUUGUCAAAAUCGAAUCUGAAGAGGCCCUUAGCACCGUGGAAAAUAUAAUCAACAGCCUCCGGGACGACCCUAGUGUGCAGGACAUCUACGUUAAUUGCCCAGAUAUAUCGACUUAA